UGCUAUUUGGGUACAUGGAAAAUGAAGAAAAGAGGGAGUUAAUUCGUAAAACUCAAUCCCUCUUCUUUCUUUUUUAUAAGUCCAGUAUUUUCUAUGAUUUGCAUUAUUGCAUCGCGAAUUUUGUCUUAAUUUUAGUGAUUCUAUCGAAGUGAUUAGCCAGGAUACAAUGGCGGAUAACGAUGAGAUGGGUUAUGAAGAUGAGGAACAGACUGAGCAGGUAGUCGACGGAAGCGGAGAUGGGUUUAAAGACUUCCUUCUCAAGCCAGAGAUUCUUCGUGCCAUUGUCGACUGUGGCUUUGAACAUCCAAUCGGAGUACAACAUGAAUCUAUCCCUGAAGCGGUUCGUGGCAUGGAUAUGCUGUGUCAAGCGCAAUCGGGUAUGGGAAAAACAACCGUAUUUGUAUUAGCUACUCUUCAACAGCUGGAAUUAACGGAGAAUCAAGUCUAUGUCUUAGUAAUGUGUCAUACUCGAGAAUUGGCUUUCCAAAUCAGUAAAGAAUAUGAGAGGUUUAGCAAGUACAUGCCACAUGUAAAGGUUGGCGUAUUUUUCGGUGGUUUACCUAUUACGAAAGACGAAGAGGUCUUGAAAACUGUAUGUCCUCAUAUCGUUGUCGGCACUCCCGGUCGUAUCCUCGCCCUUGUACGGAGCAAGAAACUAAAUCUGAAACACCUGAAACACUUUAUACUCGACGAAUGCGACAAAAUGCUUGAAUUAUUAGAUAUGCGCCGGAACGUACAGGAAAUAUACAGAAGCACACCGCACAGCAAGCAAGUCAUGAUGUUCAGUGCCACUCUGUCCAAGGAGAUACGUCUUGUCUGCAAAGAGUUCAUGCAACAUCCCAUGGAGGACAUGGAAGAGGUCUCUGUUGAUGACGUAAAGCUCACUUUCAAGGGUCUCCAGCAACAUUACGUUAAAUUGAAGGAGAACGAGAAGAACAAGAAGUUGUUUGAACUACUUGACGUUUUUAAGUUUAAUCAGGUUGUCAUAUAUGUGAGGUCUGUACAAAAAUGUAUGGCUUUAGCGCAACUUUUGACGGAACAGAAUUUUCCUGCGAUCGAGAUUCAUUGUGGCAUGACGCAGGAGGAGCGACUGUCCAGAUAUCAACAGUUCAUCAAAGAUUCCCAGAAACGUAUCUUAGUGGCGACAAACUUGAUGGAGGUCUGUGACGAGCUAUAUAUAGAACGUUUCAAAAUUGUAUUCAACUAUGAUAUGCCAGAAGAUUCCGGCACAUACCUGCAUAGAGUGGUACGCGCUGGUCGUUUUGGUAACAAGGGUCUUGCUAUUACAUUGGUGAGCGAUGAAAGUGACGCCAAAAUAUUAAAUAAUGUUCAAGAAAGGUUUGACGUAAAUAUUACAGAAUUGUCGGACGAAAUCGAUCUCACUUCAUACAUUGAGGGACGAUGAAUUAAAAUGCAUUAAGUUACAAUAUUUUUUAAGGCACAUAAUUUAAUAACGUCUUAUUCCACCUAUUCAUAACACAAGGAUGGGCACCAAAUAAUAAUUACGAUAUAUAAAAGAAAUGUAAUUGCAUUCACUGCAAAAAGUCGUGUUUUGUAUAAGUUUAUCCGCUCUUCUUAAUGAUAUCGAAUACUAUAUAUGAUUGAUUGACGUAAUCGUACCAUAAUAAUAAUACUAAUCUAAUCAUAGCUAUUCUGACAGCCAUGCAUACAAUAAAAGCUAAUGUAUAUUACAUGUUUUAUUCCAUUUCUUAGAAACUAAGUGCUCUUGUAUAGUAGAUAUAUUUCGAAGAGAAAGAGAGUCGUUAUAUGAUCCUGUAAUAACGUGAACAACCGAAAUAAAAAUUUCCUGUUAUAAA